UCAAUUCAUCUCCAAACAUAAACCUCACAUUUCCUCUUUAUAAUGAGCCCCGCCCUAACCCCAUCCUACUCUCCAACCCUAACUCCUUACCCAUGGCCGCCUCCCCACUUUCUUCCACCAUUUUAAUCAUUUCCCUCCUCCUUUUUGCCACAUUCACCUCCGGCUGCGGUACGUGUGAGCCUAAGCCUAAGCCGGCACCCAAGGCGCCACCCGUCAACCCUUUUUGCCCCAUUGACACCUUGAAGCUUGGCAUCUGCGCCGACGUCUUGGGGCUGGUAAACGUGGUAGUUGGGAAUCCUCCAUCAGGUGAUAAGUGCUGCGCCUUGCUUCAAGGGCUGGCUGACUUGGAGGCUGCCGCUUGUCUCUGCACUGCCAUUAAGGCCAACGUGCUAGGCAUUAACUUGGAUGUGCCGAUUGCGCUUAGUGUUUUGGUUAGUGCUUGCGCCAAAACCAUUCCUCCUGGCUUCAAAUGUGUAUAAGCAUUAAUGCCACAACAUGGCAAUCAAGAUGACUAGUCCAUUCUGCACUCUACCUAGCUAUCUACUGUUUCUAAUUUUGUUGGAUCGUUUAAUUGGUCAUGUACGUUUGUUCAUGCAUGUGUUGCAAAUUUAAAAGUAAUGUUGGAGUACGUACUAGUGUAUGUUGAUUACUUAGGAUGGAGAUGGAGGGGAUGUUAGUGUAGGUACGUUUGGUGGUGUUGUGCGUUUGAAUUGUUGUUUUGCUUUGUAAGCUGAUUUGGGAUAAUUUUGAUGUCAAUAAACAGACAAGCUGACGACUGUUUGUCAUUUGUACUCUA